AUGGAAGGGUCUUCUAGUAAUAAUAGGCAGUUGGCACUAGAGAGAGAGUUGAGCCAGCUUUCUAAAAUAAAUGAUACUGUUUCUAACCUUAUAGAUGCAAUUAAAACAACAUCAAGUAAUAUUCAACAAACAAAUCGUGCUACUCAAAACACCAAGACUCUCUUGAACCAAUGGAUUCGAAUAUUAUCACAAGCAAACUUCACAAAUGAAAUAAUAAAUGACGAUAAUUGGAAUGGCAAGAACAUAAGCGUGACAGAAGAUGAAAUUGAAUAUAAGCUUAAUUUGGAGAAGCAAUUAGAUGAAACGUAUCGAAAACUUAUUAUGGAGAACGAGGAGUUAUCAAGAAAGAUUGAAUCAAAAGAGAACGAGAAGACAAGGACUGAAAUACGAGGUAGAGAAAUGUCUGCAAGACGAAUGAAUGAACUAGGAUUGUCUCACGUAAGAGGGUCAAGGAGAGGUAGAGUGAGAGGUCGUAGGUAG